UCCAUCAUGGCGGUCGAAGUAGUCUUAAGGCUCUAUUCCUGUGAAUAUACGGAAAUCAAGGAUCAUGCCGAUCUCUUCAUAGCUACAUUGACGCUUUAAAGUAUUCGUUUGCCUAGAAGAUCUUCUAAUCUUACGGUCUGUGAAGGGUUUCGAAUGGUUGUUGAACAAGUGUUACGUCAUAAUUUUGUUCUUGAGUCUCCCCAAACUUUGUACCCUGUAGAGGAGAGAUAUUUUGCCUACAGAUGUUUAGAUGUUUGUUGAUGUCGAAUGGCAAAGCUGCAAAGCGUCUAAGUUCCCUGGCAAACUCAUUCAAAGUUUCUCUCAGACCGCUAUGUUCAGACGGAGUUGUAAGCAUUGGAGAUGUGAGUGUGAAGUUGAGGAAACCAUCCUCCCCUGAGUUAGUUCCAGUCAAGUAUGUUAAUGGAGAACUUCCCCAAUCAGUCCUAAAGAAUCUGCGAUGGAUCAUGCAAAAGGACAAACUAGGCCAGGAUGUGUUUCUUAUUGGACCUCCAGGACCUUCUAGAAGACUGCUGGCUAUGCAAUACUUGGAGCUGACCAAAUGUGAAGUUGAGUACAUUGCAUUAUCUCGUGACACAACUGAGUCAGAUCUAAAACAGCGUAGGGAAAUUACUGCAGGAUCAGCUUAUUAUGUUGAUCAAUGUGCUGUGCGUGCUGCAACUCAGGGAAGAGUGCUGAUACUGGAGGGGAUAGAAAAAGCUGAGCGUAAUGUACUUCCUGUGUUAAACAACCUCUUGGAAAACAGGGAGAUGCAGUUAGAGGAUGGAAGAUUUCUUAUGGCUGCUGAGAGAUAUGACUCUCUUUUAAAAGAACAUAGUAGACAAGAGUUAGAUGCCUGGAAGCUUGUGAGAGUCAGUGAAGACUUUAGAGUUAUAGCUCUUGGGUUGCCUGUGCCUCGUUACCAUGGCAAUCCACUGGAUCCUCCUCUUAGGUCAAGAUUCCAAGCAAGAGACAUUCAUCUGUUACCAUUUAAGGAUCAGCUUGCUGUCCUUCAAUCGUCAUGCCCCAAUCUACCCCAAGAAAGAUUAGCCCAACUGUCCUCCUUUGCACACACAUUACAAUCUACAGAGCUGGCAUCUGUUGGACUUCCAGAUUUUCCCAUUCAUAAUCUUGUAGAUAUUGUUAGAAUUAUGGAUAUAAAUCCACAGCACUCAUUAGAGGAACUUAUCCAUAGACUGUAUCCCUAUGAUCUCAUUCUUGGUGAUGAAGGUCAGAAGGUGGUCAGAGAAGCACUAAAGACCUUUAAUCUUGAUGACAGAAAUAAAAAAAAAUCCUUAUCAUCCUCAAUUGGUAGAAUAAAUAAGAUCACAAGCACUCCACCUUCCAUCUCCAAGGUGUCUGUUGAACUUGUUAGAGGUAAAAGAAGCACAGUGUUUGAGACUCAUGCUGGAAGGAAAGUUAAAGUCACAAACAGUCACAAAGCAGAUGAAUCAAAGUUAGUCAUGACCGAGUCACAUUCCAAAGUAUUAUCAGACAUGUUUGAGUCUCAUGCAGUUCAUGAUUUCUGUCUUGUGGGACCCAAGGGCUGUGGAAAGAGUGUGCUGGUGCAGCAGUUUGCCAAUUUUCUGGGUUACAAUAUUGAGCCAGUUGUUAUAUAUCAGGACAUGACAGGGAGGGAUCUUUUGCAGCAGCGUAUUACUCUAGCCAAUGGUGAUACAAGUUGGAGGUAUUCACCUCUUGUGAUGGCUGCGUUGGAGGGAAGUAUCGCAGAGUUGGAUGGAAUACACAGAGUGAAUCCUGGCACUUUAGCCAUACUACAAAGGUUUAUAAAUGAGAGGGAACUGUCACUGUAUGAUGGAACAAGGCUGUUACACCAUGAAAGAUAUCAAGUAAUUAAAGAAUACAAUGGCUGGUCUGAUGAAGAAAUGGCCACAAGGGGAAUCUUUUGCAUUCAUCCAUCAUUCCGUGUCAUUGGAUUGGCUGAGCCUCCUUUAAUUGGCAGCUCUCAGCAGCAGUGGCUGAACUCUGAACUACUGUCCAUGUUUUUGUUCCAUCAUGUCAGUCCACUUUCCAAACAGGAGGAAGCUCAAGUUGUUUAUGAAAUGGUACCAGGUUCCUCGUGUGAUGCUAUGGACAAACUUCUGGAGCUCACUGAAAAAUUAAGGUCCUCUAAAGAUCCAACUGUCUCAUCCAUUGCAUCAUCACUGUCCACUAGACAGUUACUUCGCAUUGCUCGCCGCCUAGCAAACUAUCCAGCUGAAGAUUUGGAACACUCAAUUCACAAAGCCUGUUUAGCAAGGUUUUUACCAAGACUAGCUGCUUCAUCCCUAGAAAAAAUUUUAAAUGAUUCUGGUAUACACAACCAAACAGAUUCCAUUGAACAAGUGACAGCAGUUGAUGCCAGUGAUUUUGUCUGUGAAAUAAAAGAUGACGAACUUCACAUUGGCCAAACAAAGGCUCCAGUUUACAACCCAGAAAAUAGAACUAAAGUUCCUAACGUCUUAUUUUAUGAAAAUCAACAGCAUCUGAAUGUUAUGGAAGACAUGUUAAAAGACUUCAUGCUGGGAGAGCAUUUGUUGCUUGUUGGGAAUCAGGGAGUUGGUAAAAACAAGAUAGCUGACAGAUUCCUACACCUCUUAAAUCGCCCAAGAGAAUACAUUCAGCUGCACAGGGACACCACUGUUCAGUCUCUUACUCUACAGCCAAAUGUUCAAGAUGGAGUGAUAAUUUACGAGGAUUCUCCUCUUGUUCGCGCGGUCAAGUUUGGUCACGUGUUAGUCGUCGAUGAGGCCGACAAAGCACCUACUCACGUGACUUGUAUUCUCAAGUCCUUAGUCGAGAGUGGAAUGAUGGUCCUUGGGGAUGGUAGACGGAUUGUGACGGAUGCUGAAUCAACUCCUGUGUCCACGAAUGUUAUCAAGGCCCACCCUGACUUCAGGAUGAUUGUUCUCGCAAAUCGACCUGGAUUUCCGUUUUUGGGAAAUGAUUUUUUUGGAUCUCUCGGUGACAUUUUCAGUUGUCACGCAGUGGAUAAUCCAGACUUCGAUUCAGAAAUGGCGAUGUUACGCAAAUACGGAGCUAACGUGCCAGAGGAAUUGCUUCAUAAGCUGGUCAGUGCUUUUGGUGAGUUACGAUCUCGGGCUGAUCAGGGUCUCAUUUCUUAUCCUUACUCCACAAGAGAACUCGUCAGUGUCGUCAAACAUCUUCAGGCUUUUCCCGAAGAAGGUUUGACCAAUGUUGUCCGUAAUGUGUUUGAUUUUGACUCGUAUCACCCGGAAGUGAAGGAGGUGGUGAUUGAAGUGCUUCACAAGCAUGGUAUCCCUGUGGGAGCCUCUAGCAGAAACAUAUGCUUGUCAAAAGAGUUUCCUUUACCACCCCCAGCCCUGGUUUCCACCUGGAAAAUUCUUGGGGACGAGAAUGGCUUCAGUGCUGGAAUCAACUGUCCAGUGGAAGAAAGAAAACUUAAAGUGCGGGGCCCGGUGAUGGUUUCAGUCACGUCCAGCGAGUGCGAGCGCCGUAACGAUCGUUCACUCGGCUUCUCGGAGCAAAUUGGCUAUUGGGAUCUCCCUAUGCAUGAGGGAGAAGUAGUGACGAGUGCUGCUGUGGGACCUGGAGGAAACAAGGGGGACUGGAUCCACGUCUUAGCAAUAAGCCCAGUCUCGCUCUACUCACAACAGACUAAUCAGGAUUCAGUAUUGUGCAUGGACAUGUAUGACGUGUUUCCCCGCUCUCAGUACGCAGUCCCUCAGUUGAAAAUGGCCGCUUUAGGAGGCGACCUACAAGGACAGGUGCUUAUUCAUGAACAGGACUCAAAUUCACUAUAUCUGUUGAACCCUACGGAAAAGGAACUUCGAACUCUUAACUUCAAAUCCAUAGUUGACAACACCAGAGAGAAACUAACACGACAUUUCGCAAUUGAAAAGGGUAAAUUUCUGAUGAACUCAGAAUUUUCGCAUGAAAAUAUGGUGAUUGUUUAUCAGGAGGAUAGUAACAAGAUGGACGUGGUAGACGUAGCUGACGGAAUAACGCAACACAUUACUCUGCCAUUUAUUGUUGGACAGUUUCACCCUUUCUCACGUGAUUUGUGGCUUGUGUGUGAGACUGGGACCGACCGCAAGUACCUUCUGACGAAGCCGUACCCAGAAGCCCCUGUACCUUGUGUCCUUCAUCCAAUUGAAAGCAUUAACGUCAGUGGAGGAGACGACCAACAAUGGAUAUCGAUAUCAACUCGGAGCUUACCAUCGGUAGCUAUUACUUCGUUUGUAGGAGCGGAGAAGGGCUCUAGAAGUAAUCGAUUGCUGGUCGGAUCCGAGGAUUACGCCACUGUCGCCAUGGCUCGGCCCGAUCAGUUACUUGAAAAGUCUCCAGUUAGUUUUUAUUCAUUUCAGAGAGAAACGAAAACGGGAAAUGCAUCUAACCAGUCAGAGCGAGUAAAACCCUUGGAUAAACUUAUUACAGAGGACACAGUCCCUCCUCUUUGUCUUCCCACCACGGCUCAAGUUGUUCGUUUGGUCCCAGGGUCGACUGUUCCUCGCAAUGACGGCCAAACAAUGGAAGAGGAUGAGGAUACUGGUCAGUUCAGGGCGCGAAGUUUAUUGGGAUACUUAGAAGUCACCGAUGUAGCGAGAAGAUCUGUUCGCUACAUUCCAUUCCCAGACCGUCGCGAUCUGGCUCUAUACGCGAGAUUAGCGGGAAAACCUAUAGUUAUGGCGCCAACGACAUACGAGGGCAUUGUGACGGUAGACGUUUCCGGCCGUGUCAGAUUGUGGGAGACUGGUGUCGUGAACCUUGUCCGGUCAUUAGAGAAAUGGAAGGGACUUAUAGGGGAGGAUUAUCAAGGUCCCUUACAGGUUAAUUACUCGAGAGAAAGUGGAGAAGAUGUGACAAGUCCAAAACAUGGAAAAGUCGACCCUAACAACGACCCUCAUGUAGGUGGGAACACUUGGGCUGGGGGAACUGGGGGCCGCGAUACAGCAGGGCUCGGAGGCAAAGGGGGACCAUAUCGAUUGGACGCCGGACAUGAUGUACAUCAGUUGUCCGAUGAAGAGAAGGACGCAGUUCCUGAUGACGUCAAACGUGCAGCGAGGGAGAUGGGCCGGAGAGCAUUUAAACAGAAGUUGCGUGAAAUCCAAAUGAGCGAGUACGAUGCCAAAAUGUAUGAAUCUUUUUCGUCACGUGUUCGCCGUCAGGUCCAGUCCUUGCGAGUUAUUCUUGACAGUUUGCAGGCUUCAGGGCAGGAAAGAGUUUGGCUUCGGAACCAGACCUCCGGCGAACUGGACGAUGGAAAGUUAAUCGAAGGAUUGACUGGAGAAAGGGCUAUCUACAAGAAACGAGGAGAUGAAAACCCAGAGCAAGGAACUCCUCAACGCCUUCCCAAGCGCCUUCGCUUUGUAGUUGAUGUCAGCGGCAGUAUGUAUCGGUUUAACAGCUUGGAUGGAAGACUGGGGCGAGUGAUGGAAGCUGCAUGUUUGGUGAUGGAAGCAUUUCAUCAGUACGAUAACAAAAUUAAGUAUGAUAUUGUUGGACAUUCGGGCGAUUCUCCCGAGAUUCCUUUCGUGUCUCAUGAUUCGCCGCCCAAGAACAAUAAGGAACGCCUCAACAUCAUAAAAAAGAUGCACGCACAUGCACAGUACUGUUGGAGUGGUGACCACACCUUAGAGGGCACAGAUUUAGCAGUCAAACACAUAACAGCAGAGGAAGCCGAUGAUUACUUUGUUGUCGUCCUCAGCGACGCAAAUCUCGAGCGGUAUGGUAUACCCGCUGAGGCUUUUGGGAAAGUGCUCAUGUCAGAUGCACGAGUUCAUGCAUUCGCCAUUUUCAUCGGUUCGCUUGGUAAUCAGGCUGACAGACUGGUCAGAAAGCUCCCAGCAGGACGGGCGUUUGUUUGUAUGGACACCAAACAGCUUCCACAAGUUCUACAGCAAAUUUUUACUUCCGCCAUGCUUUCUUCAAGAUGACGUGCGACUCAAUUCAAUUCCACCGACCAUCAAAGAGUGACCACAGAAAAGUCACUCAAAUAAUGAGUAGCAUUGGAAUCAAUUCUAGAUAUUGAUUUUUCUCGAUCUUUUCUUGGUAGGGAAAGGCAUAAAAUGAAUAUAACAUUUAUAAACUGAAUGGGAUAAGUUAAAAAAAAGAAUAAGACGGCGAAAGAAAUUUAUAUGCUUGUCUAAACGUUGUUGUUGCCUGGUUUGUACUAAUGAUUGAAAGAGCUUACCCUUCACUCCUCCCUCCUGAAAUACUUCCAGUCUUCAGGUUAAAAAACAUUGGAAACACGAGUUUUGUUAUCAGAUACUUUUGUACUUUCUUUUGUUUUUUAAAACUAUCAGGCAGGUACUUUCAAGUAAUUCAUUGACUAUUUGAGCGAAAUCCACAGACACUUCAGAUGCACGUGCCACAGGCUGAUGAAAUACUAUUGUCAUUGUCAGCAAUGACCUUUAUUUCUUUUCAACCUCAGUAUUAACCUCUAUGUGGGUAUUCCAAUAACUGAUGUGCUUUCGAACUGAAAAUGCAAACAGUACAUUACCAGGUGCAACAAUUAAUGUUACAGGAAGCUCACAAGAAAAUUUUAUGUUAGAAACUUUCUUCACGUAUAUCUUAACUUGAUAAGUCUGACUAUAACACAAGUUGGCUACUUCAUACGUGUUCGAUGUGUUUUUAGCAAAAGGCCAUGUAAUCAACCAUAAACAAUUUGUAUUAUUAAGUUUUCUAACAACUGGGCGUUGUCCAAAAUGCACCCAGUGUUCUGACAAAAACGUCACUAUUGACUUUUUAUGUGUUCCUUUUCGUGAGCACACACACAAUUUAAGGUCAACACCAUUAUCGGCGCACUCUGCGUAUGUUAAAAAUAAAGUCAGACGGUCA